CCAAGGCAGUGACGGGAGAAGGAGGUUUGGGAAACUCCUGGGACACAUGGGUGAGACCCGGGAGCACAGGUCAGGCAGUUCCCACCCCACAGGCUCUGGCAGAGCUGAGGAGCUGCUGGGACCGAGCCAGCCCAGGAAGCCCACUGCGGUCACGGCAAGAGCGCAGCUGAUACCUUCCUGUUCUUGUGGCCAGUGGACAGCUACAGGGGGUGAUCUCUGAGAUAUGCUUGUAUUGCUGUCAUAUGAACCCUGGCAGCUGGGCAGUGACGGGCCCCACGCAGGUGAUGGCUGAGCAAAGCAGCUCACUGGCUCCGUCCUGCAGCUACGAGCCGGGCUACGAGCUCCACCACAAGUACUGGUGCCGCCCGGGCUUCCUCUGGUUUUGCUUCACCUACAUCAUCCAAACGAAUGGCUCAGAGGUGAUGGUGACGCAGGGCAAGGUGUCCAUCAGGGACAACCACACGGCACGCUCAUUCACGGUGACACUGGACAGUGUCACACCAGGGGAUGCAGGCUGGUACUCCUGCGGGGUGAGGAGGAAGCUGUGGUUCAACCUACGGCAUGACAUCGAGGUGAUGGUCUCCACAGCUGUUUCAACCACAACCAUGGGCGUGAACUCGCUGACCACCAACCCCCUGUGCCCCAGGGGCCAUGGGGAUCCUCCAGUGCUGUCCCAGCUCAGUGUCACCUACCUGCUGCUCUUCCUCAGCGUGAAGGUGUCCGUGGCGCUGGUGCUGGUGUGCGGGGCUGCCUGCGUGAGGAGCCGGCGCAGGAGCCACGACCAGGAAAACCCACAGCUCUUCAACGCAGCUGGCAGCACCAGGGCACCGGGAUGCUCCCCCACCCUGACCACCUUGGAGCCACAGGGACACCCUCCUGCCCACUUGCCCCCCACCCUGCCAGCACUGUGCCACCCAUCACAGCCACCCCACACUGGGAGCUGCUUGGUACCGGGUGCUUCUCCCCCUGUGAAGCCUCAGCCCCUCCUGGCAGCCCCUGUGCUUGAGAAGGGAGGGUUUGGGGCACAGAGAGCCUGCAUCUGCUGA